AUGACUUCCAAUGCCGAACCUCAAGGUCCUGGUUCUGGUCCUCAACCCCCAUACCCGCUCCAUCCUUCAAUUCAAGAUAAGCUGGACCCAGUCUACGCUGCCUUUUAUAACAAGCACCUCAUUAACCAACAACAAGUCCACCUCCGCCCCGUCUCUGCCUCCCGCACCUCCGGUGUUCUGAUUCCCGGUGCAGGGCCCGAACUCCCUGUUGGAAAAGUUGAGGAUAUCUCUAUCAAGAGGAGAGAAACUGAAGGCCCGGAUGUGCUAGUCAGAGCAUUUACCCCUGAAGGUGAGAAGCCGGAAAAGGGCUGGCCGUUAAUGGUCUACUACCAUGGUGGAGGCUGGGUGCUGGGCAAUAUCAACACCGAGAAUGUGGUCUGCACGAAUCUAUGCAAUAGAGCGAAAUGCGUCGUCGUCACAGUAGAUUAUCGACUGGCUCCAGAAGAUCCAUACCCAGCCGCUGUCCACGAUUCCUGGGAGGCGCUGCUCUGGCUGAACGCCGAGGGUCCCGCACACUUAUCUCUUGAUCUCUCACGCAGCGCUGUAGGCGGAUCCUCAGCCGGCGGCAACCUCGCAGCCAUCAUGUGCCACAAAGCGCUCUCGGCGCCAUCGCUCGUGCCCAAGUUCUCCACGCAGCUGCUCCUCGUGCCCGUCAUGGACAAUACGGCACUGCCCAGCACAACGCUCUCGUGGAAGGAGAACGAAUUCACGCCCGCGCUGCCAGCGGAGAAGAUGCUGUGGUAUCGCCGCCACUACCUGCCGGAUGAGAAGACCUGGGGAGAGCCGGAAGCUAGUCCGCUGCUGUACGGUAAUGGUAGUGGGGAGUGGGGACGUUUGCCGAGGGCACUGAUUGUGGUGGGUGAGUUGGAUGUGUUAAGGUCGGAGGGGGAAGAGUAUGCGGCAAAGCUGGAGGAGAAUGGCGUCAAGGCGGAUUUGAAGAUUAUGAAAGGUAUGCCGCAUCCGUUUUUGGCUAUGGAUGGUGCGUUGCAGCAGGGGAAGGAUGCGAUCACGUUUAUGGUGGAGGCGUUGAAGGAUGCUUUUGGUGGGGAGAAGUAA